AUGGCGACCACCAUGGACAAGAUCAAGGACAUUGAGGCCGAGAUGGCCAAGACCCAGAAGAAUAAGAACACUUCUUUCCAUUUGGGACAAUUGAAGGCAAAGCUUGCUAAGCUGAAGCGCGAGCUAUUGACCCCCACUGGAGGAGGUGGUGGCGGCGGUGGUGCCGGAUUCGAUGUUGCUCGUACUGGUGUUGCCAGUGUUGGUUUCAUUGGUUUCCCCUCCGUCGGAAAGAGUACUCUCAUGAGCAAACUGACCGGCCAGCACUCCGAAGCUGCCGCUUACGAGUUCACAACCCUGACCACUGUCCCCGGCCAGGUCAUGUACAAUGGUGCUAAGAUUCAGAUUCUUGAUCUUCCGGGAAUUAUUGAAGGUGCCAAGGACGGAAAGGGUCGUGGUCGUCAGGUCAUUGCUGUGGCCAAGACCUGCCAUCUCAUCUUCAUUGUUCUCGACGUGAACAAGCCCCUGGUCGACAAACGCGUCAUUGAGAACGAAUUGGAGGGCUUCGGUAUUCGUAUCAACAAGUCUCCGCCCAACAUCAACUUCAAGAAGAAGGACAAGGGUGGUAUUGCCAUCACGAGCACUGUUCCCUUGACCAACAUCAGUCAAGAGGAAAUCAAAGCCGUGAUGAACGAGUACAAGAUCUCGUCUGCCGAUAUUGCUAUCCGUUGCGACGCGACCAUCGAUGACCUGAUCGAUGUUCUGGAGGCUAAGAGCCGCAGCUACAUUCCUGUUGUCUAUGCGCUCAACAAGAUCGAUGCCAUCUCCAUCGAGGAGUUGGAUCUUCUAUACCGUAUUCCCAAUGCCGUUCCCAUCAGUUCCGAGCACGGCUGGAACAUUGAUGAGUUGCUCGAGAUGAUGUGGGAGAAGCUCAGCUUGCGAAGAAUCUAUACCAAGCCCAAGGGCAAGGCUCCUGACUACUCAGCACCCGUUGUGCUCCGUGCCUCCGGAUGCACGGUGGAAGACUUCUGUAACGCCAUUCACCGCACGAUCAAAGAUCAAUUCAAGCACGCCAUUGUGUACGGCCGCUCCGUCAAGCAUCAGCCCCAGCGUGUCGGUCUCUCGCACGAGCUUGCCGACGAAGAUAUUGUAUCCAUUGUGAAGCGGUAA